AUGCUUGAUCUGGACUCCGAACACGGCCCAGAAGUCUUCGAAACUUCAAGUAUUGAGUCCAUUGAAGAUCUUCCCUCAAACGAGGUCAUUUCAAACUUAAAAACUGAAGAUCUCAUACAGAUCACUGCCGAAGGGUUUGAUGCUGCGGCCACAAGAAAUCGGCUUCAAAAAUACGCCAUUUUGGACGAAAACACCGACUUUUCAGGUUCAAUUAAUGCAAAAACACUAGGAAACUCAGGUAUCACGGUUGUGCAGUGGGCCGAAACCAAGGCACAGAAACUUGCGAGGCUAAAAAAGGAAAUUGAGGGUCUCGAGGCGGAAAACGACGCAGAGCAGGCGGAACUAGAUACGUAUCUAUCCUCGCUCCAAUCGAUGAUCCAAAGUGCUGGCACAGAGGGUUAUUAUUACCAGAGAAUCAAACAGUCUCUCUCAGAAAUUGAUGAAGUGGUAGAAAAUCAGAUUGAAAAUCAGAUUGGGGAAAUAAGUGAUGCCAACGAACCAGCCCAAGAACUAAAAAAGCUGUCUACUACGAGUAAACCUACAAGUGAGUCACUGGAUAGAAAGAGUGAAUUUUCGGCCAUCUGUGCGUUGGAAGCGCGACUUGCAAGAAUCGAGGCUGCCAUUGGGACUCCCAAUACAGAUCCUACAGUGGAACACAACUUUCGGACACAUCUCAAUGAAAUCAGUCGGAGAGUUGCCGUUCUCAGUAGCCCAGAAACGAGUCUCGAGCCUGUUUCCCAAGCAGUGGCACAUCUCAAUAAAGAAUUGGAGCUAUUGGUUGCCAACAGAAGAAAGGUCGAAUUGCACUUGGGCGACCGUCCACAAGCCACAACACAGGCCAAUAGCACGCCCUUUGAAGCCCGAAUCGAUCGGAUUUUCUCGAAACUUCCAGAUAUAGAAACGUCCAGCCGCAUUUUGCCGGCUCUCAUGACUAGAUUACGCACACUACACGAGGUGAAUUCAUCUUUGGCUACUUCGGUGGGAGUGACCGAGAGUAUAGAUAAAACCCUCGGUCUGCUUCUGAGAGAGUUGGAGGACUGGCUGAAGAACUUGGAGAGCAUCAAUGGAGCCUUGGACGCGAGCGAGGCCAGAUUUGCAGCCAAUGCAAAGGUGGUGGAUGAAAAGAUCCGCGCCAUGGAAAACAGAAUGAGAAAACUGAUCCAGAAUUAUAAAACUGAUCCAGAAUGA